UCUCCAGGGGAGGAGGAGGGUCCGGGGGUGGAGUCUGGGGAAGGGGAGGCGGAGCUGGACAGUUACUGGACGAGGAAGGAGGCGUUCACCAGAGGAAGCACCGUGUCACUGGCUGUGGGAGAGAGGUUCUCCUCAGACGUGGUUCUAGUGUUCAGCGGUCGGCGGUGCUCAGGUGUAAUACCUGACUCUGAACUACAGGAGGCGCUCCGUACAAGACUCAGGGUCGUCGAGAGCAACAGUCAGGACGUCAUUCAGCUCUUCAAGGACCUGUCUGCCCGUCUGCUGUCUGUCCACGCUGAGAAGGACAGCUUUGUCAUCACCUUCAAGACUGUAGAGGAGAUCUGGAAGUUCUCUACCUACCUGGCUCUGGGCUAUGUGGCGCGGUGCCUGGAGAAUUUCCUGUGUGACCAGUCGUUCUGGCUGGACACUGAGCUGCUGAGGGACUUGGAGAUCACUGUGACUGUAGACGAGGAACACCUGGCAACACUCUACCUGGGACUGCUGCUGCAGGAGGGUUCGUUCUUCGCCAAGGCGCUGGUGAGCAGUGGCGAGCAUAGUGAUGAGGAGGAGGAGCUGUGUUUCAGACGUAACGAUUUGCUGAUGGUUAGAGACACGGGGCAGGACAGUCACUGGGAGGGCACCCUUCUCUCCACCGGACAACACGGACUAGUGCCUGUCAACACCAUGCAGCCGCUGCCUUAUCCCUUCUACCAGUGGUUUCUGAGGAAGUACUCUGACUGUGCCGGAUGCUCCCCUUCAGAAAGAGGACAAUAUGACCACCCUAUAGUAACCGGAUCCUGUGAGGCUGUAGUGGACCACAACCCAGUAGGUUCUGAUGAGCUCCAGCUGAGUCAAGGUGACCUGAUUGAGAUACAGGGGAUGCUACUCCGAGGUCUGGACCUGUUCAUAGGAACACACUGCUCUACAGGAAACACCGGCUUCGUACACAAGGCUCACGUCAAGCCACUCAAUGCCAAACCCCUAGACAGACAACUGGUGUUUCUGAGUGAGGAGGAACGUGCGUCAAUGGCCCAGAUUAACCCCUGCAGUAGUGAACCCAGAGACAGCGGCCUCCUAGAAAGACUCUUCUCCUCUGACAUCAGUACUGUCUACAGACUAGAUAGACUGGAUCAGUCUGACUUUACGUACAUCAGAAACCAACCAAAACAAGAGCAUAAGCCCCCCGUCAGCGCCCGGCAGUCCAUCAUCUCAGAGAAGAGUGACGCUACACCCCCCUACCACUCCUCCCCCUGCCCCUCUCUCUCUCACUCCUCGCCCCGCCCCUCCUUCUACGCCUCCCAGAAUGCUUUGGGGCGUGGCGGUGACGGGGAGUUGCUGUCCUUCAGUCUGGAUGACACCUUCAGAGAGAUGAAUGAGUUCCAGGAAGACCCACCCCUUUUCCUGGAGGAGGGGAGCUGGGAGGGGGAGGAGUCAGAGGUCUGUGACCCAACCCUGACUCUGCUCAACAUGCAUCACUUCCAGGAGGACUUCCUGCCCCUCUAUGACCUAAACCACUCCUUCCUGUGGCUGACGUUCUCAGGACAGAGUGAGGAUGAGUUACUUGGCCAUCUGGAGAUUGUCAGGGAGGGGGCUAAGAGAACGGGCAUGGCCUGGGCACACCGACGGGCAUGCUUCCUACUGGGGAGGCUCUGCGCCAAGAAGCUCAAGUACUCUCAGGCCCGUGUGUAUUACGAGGAAGCCCUUGGCGUCUCUGUUGAUGGUUUCUCUGACCUCCCUCUCCUCAUCGCCCUCUACACCAACCUCACAGCCAUCUACCUCAAACAGAAGAUGGCCGACAAGCUGCCCCCGACCCUGGAGAAGGCCAGUGCUCUGCUCCUCUGCCUCCCCAGCCACACCUUCACCUCCCUGGAUGAGUUUGAGCUGCUGAAGCUGGUGCUGCGGAGGUCUGUGGUGGAAGGGGACAAACACCUGGAGGCACGGGCCUGCUAUCUCACCGCCAGCCUCUUCCUCCUCCUUAGAAAGAUAGAUGACGCCCUGCCCUUCGUGGAGCGCCUCCAGUUCCUCACCGUUACCCUGUCUGCUGAGGAGGGGCGCCCCAUCGCCCCCCUGGACCUCAACUGGCUCCUGUCCCGGCUCUACCACCGUAAAUACAUGCCCUACCUGGCCCUGGCAUCACUCAGCCUUGACUCUGGACAGGAGCACUCACUACAGGACGCCUUCCACAGGAUAGAACUGUUCAGCAGGAACUCGGUGCGUCUGAAUCCGCGAUGGAAAGAGGGGACGUCUCUCCUCCCCGCCCAGAUCGUGGUGUAUCUUCAGCAGGCUCUAGCCAUUGCGGAGCGGGGUGAGGACCUUAAGACCCAGAGGGACCUGUGUCUGGGCUUGGCCUGUGUGUACCAGCAACACGGCGCCCUGGUGAAGGCCCUGCCCUGUGCCCAGCAGGCUGUACAGACCGGUGGAGGUAUCAACGAGGAGGAGGGGUUCGAGGCUUCAGUACUGCUGGGAUGGUUGUUAGUCCUGACGGGAGAGCCUGAGAGGGGACAGCACACCCUGCAGCCACUACUGCAGUCUCUACAGGGAACCGACAGCCCGACCCAGAGGGGAGUGGUCCACAACCUGCUGGCUCUGUGUCUGCGGAGACAGGGUCGCAUCGCAGAGGCCGGAAGCCACCUCCACCACGCCCUCACCAUCUCCAGGGAGAGUGGCAACCAGAGGAACCAGGCCCUGGCCCUCGCCAACCUGGGCUGCCUGGCACUGGGCGUGGGGGCACCCACACUGGCAGAACGAUUCCUAUUCAGGUCUCUGUGGUUGUUCCUGGAGAUCUGGGAGAGUCCCGUUGACGAGGAGCACGUCCAGACCUACCUAUGGCUGGGGCGGAGCUACAAGGACAGGGGGAGGAGCCAGGACGUCAGGCUGUGUUUUGAGAUGGGCCUCCUCAUAUCCCUCCAGGCCAGGAACCUCCAUAGUCAGAUGGUGGUGGCUAAAGUCCUGAGUCUUCACUACGCCGACGUGCUGCUGUAUGGACAGAGUAUCCUCUACUAUGAGCACUGUGUGUCUGUGUCCAGGGACCUGAAGGACAAGAGACUAGAGGGAGAAUAUUUAGAGAUCCUCAGUAGCCUCUACCUGUCCCUCAAUACUGAGAAAUCAUCAAGGAAGUCUCUGGACUACAGUAAGCAGAGUCUGCGUAUCUCCAUUGACUUGGGGAGGAGAGAGGAAGAGUCAGAGACCUGGCUUCAGGUGGGACGCAUCUACUACCUCAUCCAUGAAGACGAACUGGCGGACAUGUACCUACAGGCAGCGGUGAAGACAGCCCUGAGGAUGAAUGACCCUCGCUUCGCCAUGAGUAUCUACGAGGAGGCAGGAGAUAUCUUCUUCAAAGGCCACAGGAACAGACUGGCGUCACUGCCCUUCUACAGGGACGGCAGUCUCCCGUUUGCUCGGAGCAUCCAUGACGUCCACUCAGAGUUCAGACUGCUGAGUAAACUGACUGAACUACUGAUGACCCAGGAAGAGUAUGAAGAGGCUCUACAGUACGCCAUUCUGGCUGUACAGAUCAGUACCAAAACAGGUGUGUGUGUGAACGAGCGCGCAGCGUACCACCGUCUGGCUACAGUGUACUACAGUCUGGAGCAGUAUGAGAUGACAGAGAACUACUACCUCAAGUCUCUGUCUCUCAGCCCUGCUGUACUGCAGCACCCCCUGGAGGCUAGAUACUACACCAAGCUCUACUGCAGGCUGGGGGACCUGACCCUGCACAAACUAAAGGAUGCCUAUGACUCGGUGGGCUACUUCCAGCUGGCUCUAGCUGCUGCCCUGGAGGACCGUGCCAACCCACAGGCGCUGUAUGUGGUCUACAUGAAGCUGGCAGAGAUCCAUGCCAACCAUAUGCCAGACCCACUGCUCUGCCAGGUUUACAGGGAAAGAGCACAGAGCCUGAGGAGGGAACUCUCUGGGCUGGAAGAGAUGGAUGGGAGGGAAGGAGAGACAGAGGAGUGGAGAGGAGAGAUGGAGGGCAAAGGAGAGACAGAGACAGAGGGAAGAGAAGAGACAGAGGGAAGAGAAGAGAUGGAGGGCAGAGGAGAGAUGGAGGGGAGAGGAGAGACAGAGACAGAGGGAAGAGAAGAGACAGAGGGGAGAGCAGAGACAGAGAAAAGAGAAGAGACGGAGGGGAGAGGAGAGACAGAGACAAGAGAAGAGACGGAGGGGAGAGGAGAGACAGAGACAGAGGGAAGAGAAGAGACAGAGGGGAGAGGAGUAGUAACAUGUGAUACAGACCUGGAUACGAGAAACACAGUCAUGGAGGAGACCGAGUCAGAGACUGGAUGCAGUGAGCAUACAGAUACUAUCCCCAAAGAGGCUAUUGACAUGGACAGUACACAGAGCCUGAGUUUGGAGCCUGCUGGACUACAGGACAUGGAGGGGAGAGACACAGAGGGACAACACACAGGACUUGGAGACAUGGAGAGGGGAGACACAGAGGGACAACACACAGUACUUGGAGACACGGAGAGGGGAGAGACAGAGAUAGGAUACCCAGACACUACAGAGAAACGGCAUCCAGUUACCAAAAAGAGAGAAGCAGAGACUGAGACUGGAUGUGGUGACUCUAUCGUUGCAGAAGCAAAUUCCAAAGAUGCUAACUGUAAGGAUAGCAGUCACACAAAUGCAGAUAGCCAUGAAGCCGAUUCUGAUGUGUUUAAAGUAGACAGAGACACCAGUAACUCAAAUCCAGACAAGAUCCUCCCAUGGGCUACUCACAUAGACCAAGACACUGACACUACAGACACAAGCCCUUGUCAAGCAGACGUUGAACACACACAGAAUGACUAUACAACAACAAGCAGUGCAUUUGUAGACACUACAAUAACAGAGGACAUUGGCAGUAUAGACAGAAUACCUUGUGACCCAAACAACACUGAGACUAUGCCAACAGAAACAUGCAUCAAACAUAGCGACUCAACGGCCACAGACACAGAUACAGACACACCCUACAAAGACAGCCCUACAGACAGCAGUCACACAGACACAGAUACAGACAUAGAAUCGUUUCAAAGACAGACACAGAGGUAACCCACAAAGACAGCCCUGCAGACAGCAGUCACACAUACACAGAUACAGACAUGGACUCAUUUCAAAGACAGACACAGAGGUAAGUCACAAAGACAGCCCUACAGACAGCAGUCACACAUACACAGAUACAGACAUAGACUCAUUUCAAAGACAGACACAGAGGUAACUCACAAAGACAGCCCACAGACAGCAGUCACACAUACACAGAUACAGACAUAGACUAAUUUCAAAGACAGACACAGAGGUAACCCACAAAGACAGCCCUGCAGACAGCAGUCACACAUACACAGAUACAGACAUGGACUCAUUUCAAAGACAGACACAGAGGUAAGUCACAAAGACAGCCCUACAGACAGCAGUCACACAUACACAGAUACAGACAUAGACUAAUUUCAAAGACAGACACAGAGGUAACCCACAAAUACAGCCCUGCAGACAGCAGUCACACAUACACAGAUACAGACAUAGACUAAUUUCAAAGACAGACACAGAGGUAACCCACAAAUACAGCCCUACAGACAGCAGUCACACAUACACAGAUACAGACAUAGACUAAUUUCAAAGACAGACACAGAGGUAACCCACAAAUACAGCCCUACAGACAGCAGUCACACAUACACAGAUACAGACAUAGACUAAUUUCAAAGACAGACACAGAGGUAACCCACAAAGACAGCCCUACAGACAGCAGUCACACAUACACAGAUACAGACAUAGACUCAUUUCAAAGACAGACACAGAGGUAAGUCACAAAGACAGCCCUACAGACAGCAGUCACACAUACACAGAUACAGACAUAGACUAAUUUCAAAGACAGACACAGAGGUAACCCACAAAUACAGCCCUACAGACAGCAGUCACACAUACACAGAUACAGACAUAGACUAAUUUCAAAGACAGACACAGAGGUAACCCACAAAGACAGCCCUACAGACAGCAGUCACACAUACACAGAUACAGACAUAGACUCAUUUCAAAGACAGACACAGAGGUAAGUCACAAAGACAGCCCUACAGACAGCAGUCACACAUACACAGAUACAGACAUAGACUAAUUUCAAAGACAGACACAGAGGUAACCCACAAAUACAGCCCUACAGACAGCAGUCACACAUACACAGAUACAGACAUAGACUAAUUUCAAAGACAGACACAGAGGUAACCCACAAAGACAGCCCUACAGACAGCAGUCACACAUACACAGAUACAGACAUAGACUAAUUUCAAAGACAGACACAGAGGUAACCCACAAAUACAGCCCUACAGACAGCAGUCACACAUACACAGAUACAGACAUAGACUAAUUUCAAAGACAGACACAGAGGUAACCCACAAAGACAGCCCUACAGACAGCAGUCACACAUACACAGAUACAGACAUAGACUAAUUUCAAAGACAGACACAGAGGUAACCCACAAAUACAGCCCUACAGACAGCAGUCACACAUACACAGAUACAGACAUAGACUAAUUUCAAAGACAGACACAGAGGUAACCCACAAAGACAGCCCUACAGACAGCAGUCACACAUACACAGAUACAGACAUAGACUAAUUUCAAAGACAGACACAGAGGUAACCCACAAAUACAGCCCUACAGACAGCAGUCACACAUACACAGAUACAGACAUAGACUAAUUUCAAAGACAGACACAGAGGUAACCCACAAAGACAGCCCUACAGACAGCAGUCACACAUACACAGAUACAGACAUAGACUAAUUUCAAAGACAGACACAGAGGUAACCCACAAAUACAGCCCUACAGACAGCAGUCACACAUACACAGAUACAGACAUAGACUAAUUUCAAAGACAGACACAGAGGUAACCCACAAAUACAGCCCUACAGACAGCAGUCACACAUACACAGAUACAGACAUAGACUAAUUUCAAAGACAGACACAGAGGUAACCCACAAAGACAGCCCUACAGACAGCAGUCACACAUACACAGAUACAGACAUAGACUAAUUUCAAAGACAGACACAGAGGUAACCCACAAAUACAGCCCUACAGACAGCAGUCACACAUACACAGAUACAGACAUAGACUAAUUUCAAAGACAGACACAGAGGUAACCCACAAAUACAGCCCUACAGACAGCAGUCACACAUACACAGAUACAGACAUAGACUAAUUUCAAAGACAGACACAGAGGUAACCCACAAAUACAGCCCUACAGACAGCAGUCACACAUACACAGAUACAGACAUAGACUAAUUUCAAAGACAGACACAGAGGUAACCCACAAAUACAGCCCUACAGACAGCAGUCACACAUACACAGAUACAGACAUAGACUAAUUUCAAAGACAGACACAGAGGUAACCCACAAAGACAGCCCUACAGACAGCAGUCACACAUACACAGAUACAGACAUAGACUAAUUUCAAAGACAGACACAGAGGUAACCCACAAAGACAGCCCUACAGACAGCAGUCACACAUACACAGAUACAGACAUAGACUAAUUUCAAAGACAGACACAGAGGUAACCCACAAAUACAGCCCUACAGACAGCAGUCACACAUACACAGAUACAGACAUAGACUAAUUUCAAAGACAGACACAGAGGUAACCCACAAAGACAGCCCUACAGACAGCAGUCACACAUACACAGAUACAGACAUAGACUAAUUUCAAAGACAGACACAGAGGUAACCCACAAAUACAGCCCUACAGACAGCAGUCACACAUACACAGAUACAGACAUAGACUAAUUUCAAAGACAGACACAGAGGUAACCCACAAAGACAGCCCUACAGACAGCAGUCACACAUACACAGAUACAGACAUAGACUAAUUUCAAAGACAGACACAGAGGUAACCCACAAAUACAGCCCUACAGACAGCAGUCACACAUACACAGAUACAGACAUAGACUAAUUUCAAAGACAGACACAGAGGUAACCCACAAAGACAGCCCUACAGACAGCAGUCACACAUACACAGAUACAGACAUAGACUAAUUUCAAAGACAGACACAGAGGUAACCCACAAAUACAGCCCUACAGACAGCAGUCACACAUACACAGAUACAGACAUAGACUAAUUUCAAAGACAGACACAGAGGUAACCCACAAAUACAGCCCUACAGACAGCAGUCACACAUACACAGAUACAGACAUAGACUAAUUUCAAAGACAGACACAGAGGUAACCCACAAAUACAGCCCUACAGACAGCAGUCACACAUACACAGAUACAGACAUAGACUCCUCUCAAAGACAGACACAGAGGUAACCCACAAAGACAGCCCUACAGACAGCAGUCACACAUACACAGAUACAGACAUAGACUAAUUUCAAAGACAGACACAGAGGUAACCCACAAAUACAGCCCUACAGACAGCAGUCACACAUACACAGAUACAGACAUAGACUCCUCUCAAAGACAGACACAGAGGUAACCCACAAAGACAGCCCUACAGACAGCAGUCACACAUACACAGAUACAGACAUAGACUAAUUUCAAAGACAGACACAGAGGUAACCCACAAAUACAGCCCUACAGACAGCAGUCACACAUACACAGAUACAGACAUAGACUCCUCUCAAAGACAGACACAGAGGUAACCCACAAAGACAGCCCUACAGACAGCAGUCACACAUACACAGAUACAGACAUAGACUAAUUUCAAAGACAGACACAGAGGUAACCCACAAAUACAGCCCUACAGACAGCAGUCACACAUACACAGAUACAGACAUAGACUAAUUUCAAAGACAGACACAGAGGUAACCCACAAAUACAGCCCUACAGACAGCAGUCACACAUACACAGAUACAGACAUAGACUAAUUUCAAAGACAGACACAGAGGUAACCCACAAAUACAGCCCUACAGACAGCAGUCACACAUACACAGAUACAGACAUAGACUCCUCUCAAAGACAGACACAGAGGUAACCCACAAAGACAGCCCUACAGACAGCAGUCACACAUACACAGAUACAGACAUAGACUAAUUUCAAAGACAGACACAGAGGUAACCCACAAAUACAGCCCUACAGACAGCAGUCACACAUACACAGAUACAGACAUAGACUCCUCUCAAAGACAGACACAGAGGUAACCCACAAAGACAGCCCUACAGACAGCAGUCACACAUACACAGAUACAGACAUAGACUCCUCUCAAAGACAGACACAGAGGUAACCCACAAAGACAGCCCUACAGACAGCAGUCACACAUACACAGAUACAGACAUAGACUAAUUUCAAAGACAGACACAGAGGUAACCCACAAAUACAGCCCUACAGACAGCAGUCACACAUACACAGAUACAGACAUAGACUCCUCUCAAAGACAGACACAGAGGUAACCCACAAAGACAGCCCUACAGACAGCAGUCACACAUACACAGAUACAGACAUAGACUAAUUUCAAAGACAGACACAGAGGUAACCCACAAAUACAGCCCUACAGACAGCAGUCACACAUACACAGAUACAGACAUAGACUCCUCUCAAAGACAGACACAGAGGUAACCCACAAAGACAGCCCUACAGACAGCAGUCACACAUACACAGAUACAGACAUAGACUAAUUUCAAAGACAGACACAGAGGUAACCCACAAAUACAGCCCUACAGACAGCAGUCACACAUACACAGAUACAGACAUAGACUCCUCUCAAAGACAGACACAGAGGUAACCCACAAAGACAGCCCUACAGACAGCAGUCACACAUACACAGAUACAGACAUAGACUAAUUUCAAAGACAGACACAGAGGUAACCCACAAAUACAGCCCUACAGACAGCAGUCACACAUACACAGAUACAGACAUAGACUCCUCUCAAAGACAGACACAGAGGUAACCCACAAAUACAGCCCUACAGACAGCAGUCACACAUACACAGAUACAGACAUAGACUCCUCUCAAAGACAGACACAGAGGUAACCCACAAAGACAGCCCUACAGACAGCAGUCACACAUACACAGAUACAGACAUAGACUAAUUUCAAAGACAGACACAGAGGUAACCCACAAAUACAGCCCUACAGACAGCAGUCACACAUACACAGAUACAGACAUAGACUCCUCUCAAAGACAGACACAGAGGUAACCCACAAAGACAGCCCUACAGACAGCAGUCACACAUACACAGAUACAGACAUAGACUCCUCUCAAAGACAGACACAGAGGUAACCCACAAAGACAGCCCUACAGACAGCAGUCACACAUACACAGAUACAGACAUAGACUAAUUUCAAAGACAGACACAGAGGUAACCCACAAAUACAGCCCUACAGACAGCAGUCACACAUACACAGAUACAGACAUAGACUCCUCUCAAAGACAGACACAGAGGUAACCCACAAAGACAGCCCUACAGACAGCAGUCACACAUACACAGAUACAGACAUAGACUAAUUUCAAAGACAGACACAGAGGUAACCCACAAAUACAGCCCUACAGACAGCAGUCACACAUACACAGAUACAGACAUAGACUAAUUUCAAAGACAGACACAGAGGUAACCCACAAAUACAGCCCUACAGACAGCAGUCACACAUACACAGAUACAGACAUAGACUAAUUUCAAAGACAGACACAGAGGUAACCCACAAAUACAGCCCUACAGACAGCAGUCACACAUACACAGAUACAGACAUAGACUAAUUUCAAAGACAGACACAGAGGUAACCCACAAAUACAGCCCUACAGACAGCAGUCACACAUACACAGAUACAGACAUAGACUAAUUUCAAAGACAGACACAGAGGUAACCCACAAAGACAGCCCUACAGACAGCAGUCACACAUACACAGAUACAGACAUAGACUAAUUUCAAAGACAGACACAGAGGUAACCCACAAAUACAGCCCUACAGACAGCAGUCACACAUACACAGAUACAGACAUAGACUAAUUUCAAAGACAGACACAGAGGUAACCCACAAAUACAGCCCUACAGACAGCAGUCACACAUACACAGAUACAGACAUAGACUAAUUUCAAAGACAGACACAGAGGUAACCCACAAAUACAGCCCUACAGACAGCAGUCACACAUACACAGAUACAGACAUAGACUAAUUUCAAAGACAGACACAGAGGUAACCCACAAAUACAGCCCUACAGACAGCAGUCACACAUACACAGAUACAGACAUAGACUAAUUUCAAAGACAGACACAGAGGUAACCCACAAAUACAGCCCUACAGACAGCAGUCACACAUACACAGAUACAGACAUAGACUAAUUUCAAAGACAGACACAGAGGUAACCCACAAAUACAGCCCUACAGACAGCAGUCACACAUACACAGAUACAGACAUAGACUAAUUUCAAAGACAGACACAGAGGUAACCCACAAAUACAGCAGACACGGGGACAUGUUGUUGAUGUUGAUUGUGCAAACAGUAACGUUAGAAAGACAGACAGACGUUGUUCAGCCACAGACUGAGCAGGAUGAUGAUAGAUCUGUUCACACCCUCACAGACACUCUCCAUAAAGAUAGUAUCAGUCCUACAGACAUCACACAGACAAAGAUGUCGGCCAUCUUUACUAUGGUCUACUGUAGCAAUGACAGUGUGUUUUUUUAACAUUAAUAUUAUGUCUGUAUGUAAUUAUGAAUGCAUAACUUUUCUGUAGUUUACAUACUCUGUAUAUUACAGAGGUUUAUCAAGCUUUUGUAAAUAUGUAGUUUUUAUAACUGAAUUAAAGUUAUGUAUGACUUGA